AGGGGAGGAGGAUGGUUGUUGUUAUUUAGGACGAAGGCAUGGAGCUCUAAAGGGCUGCCAUCGGUACAUUUCCCUUCCAGACUCUCUCUUCUUCUACCAUUCCGCGGCUGUCUUCUGUUGCGGCCCGUAAGGCCUUUGUUGUCGGAGCGGCGUGUUUGAUCAAGUGAGUUCAUCUGGGACGACUAUAAGAACUACAUCUUCUUCUUCUUCCGACUGCCUUCGGAUCGGAUCCCCUCGCGUGCGCCCCAAACCUCCAGAUCGUGCAUCAACAUCUUCCUCUCCUUAAGCAUCAUCUACCGAAAUCGUUUCAGCACGUACCUACUAUAUAGACUAUAGUUACCUUUUUGCGCAGAGAUAGCCAUGUUGGAAAGCAUGAUAUCCGUGGAGCCGGCCUCCCACCUCUUCCCUCCCUUCGCGGCGACACACAGCAUACCAUUCGCCAACAUCCCCGAGCUCCCGGUGCACUCGAGCGACCACAUCGAGCUCCCCGGCAGCAUCUUCAUACCCAAGCACACACUAUCCAGCCACCUCACAGCCGAGCUCGAUGUCUCACGGUUGAACCGAGUGCACGACUACCUCUGGCUCGCAGGACGAGCCGGCCACAUCCGGCAGCUGCACCGACAGCGGAUGAUGGAGCGCGAGAUCGUCGUGGCCGAGCAGACCGACCUGCACCUCGUGCACCAGCACGGCAAGAUCUACAUCAAGCCGCUACCACUCUUCCUAAUGGACUACAACUUCUUCGCCGCGCACCUGUGCACGCCGGCGGCGGCAGAGCUGCACGCCAGCGCUUGCGGCCUCCUGGCCUCCUACGUCGAGAUGAUCCUGCACGAGAGCGACUUCCGGAUCGCGGUGGAGCGGGGACUGCUGCCGGCGGACAUGCUGUGGCCGCAGUGGGCGGCGUUUGCGGGGAGUAUCCGUGCGCACCUCGACCUGGUCGCCCGCGACCAGCUGAAUAAACGUUACGUCUACGGCGAGCUAAGAUGUGAUCGCCUCAACUGGAUCUACCGCCUCACUUCGGGCGAGAUGAUGCGUGGAUACCACUAUAUCUACACCGAGUAUGGACACUUCUUUGGUCGCAAGCUGGGCUGGCUGAUCUUGGUGUUUGCGUACAUCACGGUGAUCUUGACGGCGCUGCAGGUGGCGCUGGGAACGGCGCAGGGGACACAGGAGGGCUCGGCGCUGGAGGGGGUUGGCUAUCAGCUCUCGAUGAUCACAAUAUAUGGCGUUGUAGGGAUUGUCGGUGCGGUGUUUAUUGUUUUCUUGGGGCUGCUCAUCGUACAUCUGAAGUUGACGCUGGUACAUUGGAGGCGGAAAGAGGAGGAAAGAAGGGCGGCCGUUGGUAGAAGGAAACAGGGGGAAAUGGAGGCGGUGGAGACUUGCAAAACAUUAACAUAGAGUCAUAGACUACUGUACAUAGUAUGUUCUAGAGAUAGAUACGAGAUAUGAGAUAUCGACAUUAGCUAAGUACCUAAUUGAUACUUACCGUCCUGUGAGG